AUGGCCGGUUCAUUUGGGGACGACUGGGUGCACGUCGACAAUGUUAAGGGGUUCAGUAUGACGGUGGGGAUGUUGCCGAGCCGAUGCUCCGAUUAUCCGAGUGACAUGUCGGACAUUGACCCCGAUAUUGACAUUAAUGCAUACUGUGAUGAGCUGAGGAAGGCCCGCCGCGCACGGACGAUGGGCUCGAAACUGUUCGAGUUGGGGAGCCACAAUGAAGAGGAGGAGCUCGACCCGACCUGCUCGAGCAAGAAGUUGAAGCAGGUUUUAUCGGAGUUCAUGACCAACGACCCGAGCGAGUCGAAACGCGCCGUCCAACGUGAGGCCGAGGCCCGACUGUUUGGAAAGUUCAACGUCAUCUGCGCGGCCGGAGACUUCAGCUACGUCGCCUACACGGACACCUACUGCCAGGCAUCAACGGGUGACGUCACCUGCUACGUCUUCCGACCCAUG